AUGGCAACACCAAUCUCCUCCGCCCCUCCACCAUUCAUCCCUGUGCAGCUGGAGCCCUCAAAGGAUUUCGGCAAGAGCAUUGAGGGGACGUCUGCCAACCCGGAAGACACCGCGGGGGCAGAACAAAUGGAAAAGAAAGUGGAGGAGGCUGCCGCUAAGAAGUCAAAGGCUCGGAAACGAGAUGACAAAGCCAAAGGAAAGUGGUGUCCUUGUUUCACCACGGAGAUCGAGCUCCGCAACCUCGAGGCGAAAGGUUUCAUAAAACCUGGAUCCUGGCGGAGGGUCUCCGGCGAACUGAAUCCUGCUCCCGAAGCCGGAGAAUGGGUGGUGACCAAGGCGCUGCUCGAGGACCUUGAAGAGAAAGACCUCGGUACUCUCCUCCGAGUUCCCCAGACGGGCAACACCGAUCCGGAGGCCGCGUCCGAGGCGGAGGCUCCCGAGGUUCCGGGUUCCUCUAAAAGGAAAAGAGGUUCUUCCUCCGGCCCUGCUGCUAAACGCGCCCGCGAAGUGCUCAGCACUGCGGCUACCCGGAAAGCAGAGGCGGAGAAAAAGCGCCUCAAGCUUAUUGACACCAGCAACCGAGCCCAACCCGUGCCCGUCACCCCAGAGGUGGAGGUUCCGCCCAAAGCCUCUUCUACCGCCAAGCCGGAUCCUAAGGAUGUCAUCAACCUUGAUGACCUCCCCGAAGAUCCAACUGCUAAGACCGGCCACGGCGAGUCUGACAAGGGCGCGUCCUCGUCCGUACCUCCGCCUGAGAAGCCCGUCGUUACCUCAGCUGAAGCUCCGGCUGAUGAAGUUGAGAAGAAGUUAUCCCUAAGUCGUGCUACUGGCACGCCCCAGACUCAUCCUCACCUCUUUCCACUUCUGCAAAAGGUCCCCCUCUCACAGCGCCAUGCGGAAAUCUCCGCCAUGAUGGAUCAAGUGUGGGGGCCUGCAAACACGGAAGAGCAGGAGCUGACUAACCUCGAAAGUGGUCUCAAGGGCUUUUUCGCCAAGCACAAGAAUAACCAUGACACUACAUCACCUCUUCCUCCCCUUCCUGAAGGAGAUCUUGCGGAGGCCAACAAGCGUGUUGAUGCUCUUGCUACCAAGUUAGAGCAGAGCGAGAAGGCUCGCAAGAAAGCUGAAGAGGAUGCCAAGAAGGCUAAAGAAGAUGCCGCCACUGUCGAAGAACUCCGGAAAAGACUUCACGAGGCGGAAAUUUCUCUGAGUGAGAACAUAACUCAACAGUCUGCCCGGAGAACCAGUCAAGAAUAUGAGCUGGAAGGUCCCGAAGGUGACCAGCUCCUUGACACGCUUUCUCUUCUUCAGAUCCAUGCUGAUGAGGCCCGCGAUGGCCUUACUGAAGCGAAGAUUGGCCUGUCGCAGCUUUUUCCAUACUUUUUCGAGAAGACGGAAGUGCCCGCGACUUUUGUCGCUCUCGCCAAGUGCUUCAGCUCUCAAGAAAACCUUGGACUCCAACUGCGCCAAGAGGGGUUAAAACUUGGCGUUGAAGGUACAAUUGCCUUGGUUGCUGACAGCCAGCAAGACGUCGACUGGACAAAAGUUGGCGACACGGAGGAAAUGGAAACGAAGAAGUGGCAGGCACUGAUUAAGGCUACCAAGCCCAACUCGAAGAAGAUCCUUGCCUAUCUCGGAUACAGUCCAGCUCCUGCUCCUAGCUCGUCGAAGCCGGAGUCUCGAAAAUCUGCCGAGAGGGAAAAAAUUGCGCUUCAACAAGCUCGGGAUGUUGUAGCCGCAAAGGAAAACGCGGUUUUUGAGGCUGCUGCGGCUUCUGCUCGAGAAAAUUGUAUGCUUGAACUAAUGGCGGAGUCAAGCUUGGAUAUGGCAGGUUCUUUUUUGGACCCUGUUACCGAGGAUGAACGCGUUGAAGCUCGAUCCGCUGUGCUUCUCAGACUUUCAAAGGAGCAUGGUUCUAGUUUUUGGGGCACACCUGAACGUACCCGCCAGAUCGUCAGAUUUCAAGACCGCGCGCUUCAGAACACUCGGAAGCUGCACGAGGAUCUGCGCGUUCAUGUGCUGGAGCAAAUGACAGAGAUAGAAGGGUUGCGCCAGAAUGCUGAAAAUAGCCGGCAGGCUUUGCUACUCCUGGAGAAUCGAUUGAAAGAAGAAACUGCUAAGCGCCCCGCCGUCGACGCCAUGUCCACCAAGAUUCAAGUGCUAGAGGCGGAGAAUGAAUCUCUCAAGAACUUCUUGAAAGAAUCCUCCGAGAAGGAGGCUAAGGAGAAACAUACCCGCGACAUGGCGGAACUUGCUGACAAACUUAAGAAGAGCCAGCAAAGGGUGGCAUCCUUGGCGGAAAAAAAUAAGAGCCAGGAGGCGGAGGCCAUUGAUAAGAUGAUCUUCCGUAAGAACCUUUUUCUGUUUAACUCCGGCUUCCUCAUGAAUUGCUCUGUCCGCGGAAGAACCUGA